GUGCUAACAAAAUUUAAGUUUUUACGAUUUAUUUAAAAUUUGUAAAUCUAUUUCAAUUCAAUAAUUUAAUUACGUUUAUUUAAUUAUUGAUUCAAUACACAUCAGAGAAAUGUAUACUGUUGGUGGAAGCCAAUUUUUUAGAUUUUGUCAUUGUUGUAAUAGAAUAAUUUCAUAAGAAAUACCGUUGUGAUAAAGUUAAAUUAGAAUAAUUUAGUAUAAUAAAAUGUAAAUUGUGUGUGCAAUUUCGUAUUAAAAGAGGAAGCAAUGAAUUGAGAAAUGAGUUGAGAAUCGCAAGAAAGUUGCAUUUUCAUCCAAUUUCAGUUUUUGAUCAUUGGAGCGUCGGAGUCAUUCAAUUAUGGGUAGUAUUCGCCAGCUGAAUAUUCAUUUGCAAACUGAACAUCAAUCAUUGGUGGAAGUGAAGGACAAAGCUUACUUGGAAAUGCACUAAUUAAUACCCUCCUGUCUUACUUAGUCAUGGCUGCUUCUUCCUCUUCUCGCUCUGCCAAGCAAUGGAAGUAUGAAGUUUUCUUGAGCUUCAGAAGUGAAGACGCUUGCAAUUAUUUUACCAGCCGUCUCUAUUCUGCUUUGCGUCGUAAAUUCAUAAAUACCUAUGGUGAUGAUAAACUUAUCAGAGGAGGAAAAGAGAUAACAUUAGAGCUUUUGGAAGUGAUUGAAGAGUCAAAGAUUGCUGUAAUUGUUUUCUCCAAACACUUUGCUUCUUCAACAGUAUGCUUGGAUGAAGUGGUUAAGAUAAUUGAAUGCAGUGAAACUCAUGGACAAAUAGUCGUGCCAGUGUUUCUCCAGGUAGAUCUGUUCGAUGUGGGGAACCAAACUGGGAGUUUUGAGUCAGCUUUUGUUAAACAUGAAAUCGACAAUUUUGACAGGGUUCAGAAGUGGAAGGCUGCCUUGUCCAAAGCAGCUAAAAUUGCAGGAUGGAACUCCAAGCUCACCAGGAUAGAGGCCUGGCUUGUUGAAGAUAUUGUAGAAGAUAUUAUGAAAAAGUUGAGCCAAUGUCCAUAUGAUUCAGAGUGCUUGGUGGGAAUGAAUUCCCGCAUUCAUGAGAUCACACAAAUAUUGUCCAAUGAGUCAAAAGAUGUCCGCAUUUUAGGAAUUUGGGGAAUGGGUGGCAUAGGUAAAACAACCCUUGCCAAAGCUGUUUUCAAGAAGAUAGCAUGUCGAUUUGAAAGCUGCUGCUUUCUUGAAAAUGUCAAGGACACUUAUGAAAGAGAUGGUGGUUAUUACUUAUUAAAGGAACUUUUUUUUCAAAUAUCAGGGGAAAAAGGUAUCGGUAUAAGCAUUUCUAAUAUUCUGCACUCUCCUUCUAUCAAAAGAAAGGUUAAUAAAAAGGUCUUGAUUGUUGUGGAUGAUGUGAAUAGAACACAACACUUCGAAUUUUUUGAAAAGAAUCGCUGUUUUUUCGGCAAAGGAAGCAGAAUUCUUGUAACCAGCAGAGACAAACAAACGCUUUUGAGCAGUGUCGAUGACAUAUACGAAGUUAAGAAAUUACAUUUGUUUGACGCUCUAACACUUUUGAGGCAGAAUGCCUUUAAGAAAACCUCUCUAGUAGAAGAUUAUUGGCAUUUAUCCUCUCUGUAUGUUAAGUAUGCUAAUAGCAAUCCCUUGGCUCUAAAAGUCUUAGGCUCCUUUUUAUCUGACAAAAAUAAAAGAGAAUGGAACUGUGUUCUGGAUAACCUGGCAAGGAUUCCUAUUAGAGGUGUUCAAGAUGUCCUGAGAAUUAGUUACGAUAGCCUUGAUGAUGAUGAAAAGGAUAUCUUUCUUUACAUUGCAUGUUUUUUUAGAGGACAUAGUAGUGAAGAGGUGACAAGAAUCCUUAGAUGUUGUGGCUUGAAUGUAAAUAUUGGAUUAUGUGUUCUCAUGGAUAAAUCUCUUAUAGAGUGGAAAACUUCCGGUAACAUACAAAUGCACGACUUGCUGCAAGAAAUGGGGAAGGAAAUAGUUCUCCAAGAGUCUAGAGAGCCAUCCAAAAGGAGCAGAUUAUGGGAUCAUGAAGAUAUUGUUAGUGUGCUCACAAAAAAUAAUGUAAGAUUUAAGUACUUUGCAACUGAUGCAAUUGAAGCAAUAUUUCUGAACAUGUCCAAAAUUGAAGCCAUAGACUUAAAUCCAGAUGUUUUUAAGGGAAUGCCUCGUUUAAAAUUACUUUCAUUCUCCUAUGGGUCUGAAACAGAAACAGGUGAUAAGGUGCACCUUUCUAAAGGCCUGCAACUUUUCCCCAACGAGUUGCGAUAUUUGUACUGGCAUGGGUACCCAUUGGAAACUCUGCCGCGCAAUUUCCAUCAACUGAAAAUUGCAGAGCUUCAUUUGCCUUACAGCAAACUGAAAAUGCCCCCAAGUGGAGACAUGAUUAAAAGCUUGCAAUUCAUUGACCUCCAUCACUCCAUCUGCAUUUUCAAAGUUCCAGAGCUUACACUGGCUACAAAUCUUGUUCUGCUAAAAGUGUCUGGUUGUGAAAGAUUGAGAAAUUUUCCCAGUACAAUUGGUUUGAUGUCUCUUGAAGCUCUAGACCUUUCCGGUUGCUUGAGACUUGAUGCAUUUCCAGAGGUUUCAAGGAACCUAAAAUGUCUAGUUUUAAGUAACACAGCAAUAAAAGAAGUACCAGCAUCACUCGGCUCCCUCAGCAGGCUGGCUAUUUUGAAAUUGGAAUGUUGCAUGAAUCUUGAAACUCUCCCAAGCAGCAUGUGUAACUUGAAAUCUCUUGAAUUUCUUGACGUAUCUGGCUGCUCACGCCUAAAGCAAUUCCCAGAAAUCUCGGAGAUCAUGGAUCAUUUUCAGUUUCUUUAUCUGGAAGGAACAGCAAUUGAAGAGCUACCGUCAUCAAUUGAUAAUCUAAAAGCUCUUAGUUCACUGAAACUUAGGAAUUGCAGAAAACUUGCUUAUCUUCCGGAAACCCUCGGUAACUUAAAAUCUCUUGAUAUGUUACAUCUUCAAAAUUGCAGAAAACUUGGAAAUAUGCCAGCAAGUUUAACAGUUUCUUCGAGUAUACAAGCCAGUGGAUGUUAUAUGUUAAAAUCAGUUUCUGAGCUGAGUAGUUUAUCCUCGAUAUGGAAACUAGACCUUAGCAAUAACAGAUUUGAGUCACUUCCUGGAAGCAUACAACAACUGCACCAAUUGUGGGAACUCGACAUAAGUUUCUGUGAUAGGCUAAAAUCGUUGUUACAUCUUCCUUGGUCUCUACAGUACUUAAAUGCUCAUGACUGCAGAUCAUUAGAAAAUGUAUCAGCCCCUAUACCCUUCUUUGGAUUUGACGACGAUAUGAGCUCUUAUAUUGAAGAAAAGAAAUUUGAAUUUACUAAUUGCGUGAAAUUGAAUCCAAACAAAUCGUGGGGCAAGGUUUUGGCAGAAGUGGAGAAUAGGCUUCAACGAUCAGCUAGUGCGCUUAACAAAUUUGAUAGGAGAUACGAUACUAGAAGGAUGAUCAUGUAUUAUGGAAAUGAAAUUCCACAGUGGUUCACAUAUACAAGCAUGGGUAAUUCAAUUAAGAUCCCAUAUUGUAAACAUUCUGAAGAUUGCUUGUUUUGUUGGGAAAAGGCUGCACUAUGCUGUGUUAUCGCAUUUCCGGAUAAUUAUCACAUGAAUCCUGACAGCUUGCUGGAAAUUGAAUGCAGCUUGUCAAACUAUGACAAGGAGUCUUUCACAUUCAGGACUUAUAGAUCCACUGCAUUUGAGUAUGUGUCGGAGCACGUAGCCUUAUGUUACCCUGUCACGGCUCCACGGCGUAAAUAUGGCACGGGAGAGUGUCCUUGGUUAGAAAUAAAGAUAUAUGGUGAAAAUGAACUUCUGGAGGUGAGCAAGUGUGGAAUAUAUCCUCUAUGCAGCUGUACACAGAAAUGCAGGCUAUUGCCAUUGGAAGAGAAUGACAAUGAAAAACAAGGAGAUGGCCAUUGGAACACCAACGGAAGGGAAAAGGAAGAGGAACCACCUUUUAAAAUACUAAAACAAGCCUAGUUUCUCACUAUUACACUUGCUGGGGUUUGGUAAAAAUAUUGAUUUUUUUUCUGUAAUUUCAUUCUAUUUUACAUGUAACAAUCAAGUCCAAAUUGUUAUCAUACCAUAGAAAUACCUAUAAUUCUAUUUUUCGAUGCACGUGGAAAUCAAAUUUCUUAUUUGGCUCUCAAAAAUUGUAUGGAUUUAGAUUUGAGUCAAAUCCAAAACAAUUUGCAGAUUUUGUGAUUAUGAGGAGCAACGGUCAAAGUGUGUACUACUUUUGUGUUACUGGUGAUUAUGCUACCAUAGCCAUCUCACAUGUUUUAAGGUAACGGGCUCUUGGAUUCCCAAGCCACGGUUUGCACGUAUAUCUCUAAUUCUUGCUACGGAUUGAAGCAAAUUGUCGGAAAAACAGUGGGUUAGAAUGCAUUCAGGAAAGCACAGGCCGGAUUGAAACCAAGCUAAUAAAGGUGAGUGACAUUCCACAUAAUCACAUCAUCAGUACCUUUAUCAAAGUAUUAUAACAAAAUAAUGUAUUAUCAUUAACUAAAAAGAAAAAAAUUGCUCAUAAUUAAUUAGGAUUGAGAUUGACAGGAACAAGGCUUCUUACGCAUAUAAAUGAAUAAUCCCAUUUGAUCCAACCUCCUAAUAUCUCAAUUCUCCGAAUGCGUUUGUCGGGCUCAUACGGAGAUGUUUGAUUCUCCUCCUCCUCUUUUAGGUCAUAGUCGAAUAAGUUACAGCUAUUAACAUCCAAUAAGAGUUUAUCGCCAGUUUUUGAAUACCCUAUAGGCUUAACAUGUGAUGUUAAUAAACUUUUCAAACAUAGAUUCGGUUUGUAUGUGGAGAAUAUUCUAAUCCAUGAUUCAAUAAUUCCAUAUUCCUUCAUCACCCAAAUCUCAACUAGAAACUCACGUUCGUCAUCGGUGCUCAUACUGAGGCAUCCUCCCACUUCCCCUAAUUCUACAAGCAAAUAUUCCUCAUGCUUUAAUACAUCAGGAAUCGGCACUGCACGAAAUCUUUCGUCUUCCAAAUUGAAAGAAACGAUCAGCCGAUCUUUAAUAUCAUCUGGUUCCGAAACAAUCCAGUGCAAACAAGAGCCAACAAGAGUACCCCAAUUUCUUUUAUCAUCCCCACGUACUUUAUAAGGGAAGUCUUGGAUCCUUCUAGAAAAAUUAUGUUUUACGCUAUAAACCAUAACUCUAGAUCGAUUUCGACUCUUGUUGUUGAUUGUCCGGAUCCUGAUGACCUUGUAAUCGUCGCUUACAGGAUCAUAGCCGAAUCCAUCAAGAAGAUAAUCAGAGCUACGAAUUUUACGAUCCGAUCCCCAAAAAUUAGGUAGCUUUUGUUGCUUUUUGGUUGAUGGAUUCCAUAGUGACAUGCCUUGAUCAGGAUGGUACAAUGCGAUCAAGCCAUUGCAAGAACCAAAUAUAACAAGAUUUCUCAAGUGAUCAUCAUAAUUAGGUUCAAUACCCUGAAACACAGAGAAAAUAUGUUCAAAUUCUACUAGCUGGUGGUCCGGACAAUCUAAAUUCAUCGUAUAGGUUUUAUUGUUUCGCCAUCUACACGGUUGUAAGUCCGUUUGAGCAAUGAUGAGGCUACGAUUGGUGUUUGUAUUUUUAGAAUUCGAGAGAUGAAAGUUUAUGAAAUCGCGGCUGUCAAUUAAAGAACAAUAUGCUUUUGAUAAGCACCUAAAGCGAAGAAGAGACUUAACAGGUAAGUACUUUAGUAUGUCAUACGUAAUAUCAGAUGGUAUUUCUGACAUUGUUGUAGUUCAACGAUGAAGCAGGCAGAUUUAGGGUUUUAUAUGGUGAUGGAUAUAUACUUCUCACUGUAAUGGCUUUGGUUUGGAAAUAAAAAUUGUUUUCUUUUUAUGCACUCAA